UGUUUCCUUAUUUUUGACAUUCAUUCACUUGAAUUCUCUUUCUCUUGUAUGUGCUAUUCACAGUGAUUCAAGCUGUGAAACUAUUCACAAAUGAUUCAAGCUGUGACGUAUGGCAGCUUGAAUGUGUCACACAGGUGGAUUAGUAAUUCUUUUCUGGUUUUUUAUUUUUGCCUCCACAGAAUAACUGAUUACUUUGUAAGGUUAAGAGUAAGAAUAUAUGAGAAAAAAUACAUUGGUUUUUAUUCUGCUAACAGUAGACCCAGGAUUUCAAUGCCUUCACUUGCAAGGAAAAGGCUCCCCCAGAGCCUCUUAGAGGCUCCCAACUGUGUGAGCAAAGUUAAGGAUAAGAGUGGGGUCAUAUGAGAAGACCUUAGAAUUUAUGUUAUAGAUGAAAGUGUUUGAAAUCUUAAGAUAUUAAGAGGUACAGCGAUCACACCACAGAUGUGAUAGGAGACCUAAUAUUCUCAUUCUGAACCAAAGGUGUCUUCUCCUGUCACUGCCUAUGACAACUGGCAUUGAACCCCAUCCUCAUUUUAGAGGACAAUAUUCAUCUUAUCAGGCCAUUGUGAGAGAUCUCAGCUCAGCAUAAUGGGCAACUUCCCAUUAUACUGGGCCACUGGGUUUUUCUGGGACUUAACUACCCUGAGUUUUCUCACUAGAAAGUUAGUGAUCACACAAGGAAAAGGCAACAAGAACCUAGUGGUCUGGGGUUUACUCCUCUUCUCCAGUCUACACAACCCCCUCUCUCUGCAUCCUUGCAUACAUUUGUAUAGGUCUUGGAACCUUUUGCCCCCACACAAAUGCCUACUGUUUGUCCAAGCUCUUGCCAUAAGGCUAUAGUUCUUUCUCUUACUUGAGAAGGAAGGUGCUUUGUAAUGAAGUAAAUACUGAUUCCUAGGAGUUGAAGAGUCCAAGGUCUCUCAGGAGCAACUCAGAGGCUUCAUUCCUGAGAGCUGGAACUGGCAUGCCUGAUAGGGUGAAUCCUUGAUCUUUAAUAGAGCGUACCCUGGCCAGGGAGAAGUAAGCUCACUCUGGUUCUUGUGUUUUGGAGUGCUGUUAUUUACGUAAAAGCAGAGUCUGUCCUUCCCUUGCCGGUCAAAAGGAUUUCAAAGCUGCUGUACCAAGAACUGUUUUCAGAUUACUGGUUUCAGAAACUGUUGACCCUUGUCCUCCCUUUCAAUAGUGAAAUCCCAAAAUGGUCCUAGGAGAGACAAGUAAAUUCUGACAGCUGCUUAGAGGUCAUCUUAGAACUAAAUUCCAAAGAAAUACUUUUAGGCUGAUAAAGAGUCUAGAAAAAGGAGGAGGGAGAGAAAAAGAAAAAAUUAGAUUAGUGUACAGAAUGGUAGCUAUUUGCAGCUCACCCAGGUGUGCUCUGAAGGUCAAAACCCUACAUCAGCAAUUCGUAGCAAACUCUUGAGCUCCUCUACCUCUUAGAAAGCACAAUUGAAUCAGAUAUCAUGUGAAAGACAUACACACUUCAUAUAAUGCUACCUGCAAGUCUCCCUAGAAAAGCAGUUUUUGUAGGUGAAAACAAUGAAGCCAGGUAAUAUUCCAAGGAGGCUGUAAUUUUAGCAGACCUACCAACAGCACUGAUGUAGGAAGCUCAUUAUUUUAAUUUCUGGAGCCUUUUAAUUUUUUCUUUAGAAAGUGUAUAAAUAGUUGCAGUGCUGCUUUGCUUCCAAAACUGGGCGGUGAGUUCAACAGCGACAACAGCAGCAGCAGCUCUUAUCCUGGCCGUCAUGGAGUUUCUUGAAAGAACUUACCUGGUGAAUGAUAAAGCUGCCAAGAUGUAUGCUUUCACACUAGAAAGUGUGGAACUCCAACAGAAACCGGUGAAUAAAGAUCAAUGUCCCAGAGAGAGACCAGAGGAGUUGGAGUCAGGAGGCAUGUACCACUGCCACAGUGGCUCCCAGCCCACAGAGAACAGGGCGAAUGAGCACGCCUAUGCCAAGUGGAAGCUCUGUGCUGCUUCAGCAAUAUGCUUCAUUUUCAUGAUUGCAGAGGUCGUGGGUGGGCACUUCGCUGGGAGUCUUGCUGUCGUCACAGAUGCUGCCCACCUCUUAAUUGACCUGACCAGUUUCCUGCUCAGUUUCUUCUCCCUGUGGUUGUCAUCGAAGCCUCCCUCUAAGCGGCUGACGUUUGGAUGGCACCGAGCAGAGAUCCUUGGUGCCCUGCUCUCCAUCCUGUGCAUCUGGGUGGUGACUGGCGUGCUGGUGUACCUGGCGUGUGAGCGCCUGCUGUAUCCCGAUUACCAGAUCCAGGCGACUGUGAUGAUCAUCGUUUCCAGCUGCGCAGUGGCAGCCAACAUUAUACUAACUGUGGUUUUGCACCAGAGACGCCUUGGCCACAAUCACAAGGAAGUGCAAGCCAAUGCCAGCGUCAGAGCUGCUUUUGUGCAUGCCCUUGGAGAUCUAUUUCAGAGUAUCAGUGUGCUAAUUAGUGCACUUAUUAUCUACUUUAAGCCAGAGUAUAAACUAGCUGACCCAAUCUGCACAUUCAUCUUUUCCAUCCUGGUUUUGGCCAGCACCAUCACUAUCUUAAAGGACUUCUCCAUCUUACUCAUGGAAGGUGUGCCAAAGAGCCUGAAUUACAAUGGUGUGAAAGAGCUUAUUUUAGCAGUCGACGGGGUGGUGUCUGUGCACAGCCUGCACAUCUGGUCUCUAACAAUGAAUCAAGUAAUUCUCUCAGCUCAUGUUGCUACAGCAGCCAGCCGGGACAGCCAAGUGGUUCGGAGAGAAAUUGCUAGAGCCCUCAGCAAAAGCUUUACGGUGUACUCACUCACCAUUCAGAUGGAAUCUCCAGUCGACCAGGAUCCAGACUGCCUUUUGUGUGAAGAACCCCGUGACUAGCUCAGUCACAUGUCAGCUUCCCAAAUUUGACAGGCGGCCUUCAAACAUGCUGCUAUGCAGUUUCUGCAUCAUAGAAAAUAAGGAACCAAAGGAAGCAAUUCAUGUCAUGGUGCAAUGCACAUUUUAUCUAUUUAGUUGGCUCCAUUCACCAUGAAGGAAGAGGCACUGAGAUCCAUCAAUCAGUUGGAUUAUAUACUGAUCAGUAGCUGUGUUCAAUUACAGGAAUGUGUAUAUAGAUUAUUCCUGAGUGGAGCCGAAAUAACAGCUGUUUGUAACUAUCGGCAGUACAAAAUUCAUCUCCCUUCCAAUAAUGCAUCUUGAGGACACAUAGGUAAAUUUGAACUCAGGAAAGUCUUACUAGAAAUCAGUGGAAGGGAAAAAUAGUCACAAAAUUUUCCCAAAACAUGAGAAACAAAAAAUAAGGAGAGCCAAGUCAGGAAUAAAAUGAUUCUGUAUGCUAACACCCCAUUAGAACUUCGUUCUCUCACUAAGCUGUAAUGUGAUUUUUUUUUUCUACUCUGAAUUGGAAAUAUAUAUGAAUAUACAGAGAGGCACUUACAACUAAUUUUUAUUUACUUGUCACAUUUUGGCAAUAAAUCCCUCUUAUUUCUAAAUUCUAA